CCCUGUAUUAGUUUCAUGUUUUUGUUAUUUAAAGGAGAGAACUAUUUUUAUUCAAAUUCAAGGAUAAGAAAUUUUGCAGCAUAGAGCAAACAUGGAUACAGAAUCAACCUUCAUAAAUGGCUUUAUGAGAUCAAUGUCUGUGAUUAUAGUGUCAGAACUGGGAGACAACACAUUUUUUCUGGCAGCCAUUAUGGCAAUGAAACAUUCCAGGCUAGCAGUUCUAAUGGGGAACCUUGCCGCCCAGAUUUUCAUGACGACCUUUUCAACUGCUAUUGGAUAUGCUGCCACAAUGAUUCCAGGGGCUGUAACCCAUUUUAUAUCAUCAGCACUUUUUGGUUUGUUUGGAACAAAGAUGUUAAAAGAAGCCCUGCACAUGUCAACCAACAAGGCAGCUGAGGAGUACCAAGAGGCGCAAGAUGUUCUUAAAGAAGAUGAAAGGAAGAAAAAACAAAAUGACACAGUAAUGUUUUUGAAGGGGAUUGUAUCACCUGUGUUUCUUCAAUCAUUCACAUUGACAUUUAUGGCUGAAUGGGGUGAUCGAUCACAAAUAACAACUAUAAUUUUGGCUGUUAAAGAGAACCUAUGUGGUGUGCUGCUGGGUACAUUUAUAGGCAAUGCUCUGUGUACAGGGCUGGCUGUUUUAGGUGGUGGUCUCAUAGCAAAAAGGAUUUCUGUUAGAACAGUGACUGUACUUGGAGGACUGUUGUUUUUGUUUUUUGCUGUAUCUUCCCUUUUGACUGAACCAGAAGAGUGAGCUUAUCCAGAUCCUGCAUAAUACUACAUGAUAUGGCAUGAUACUACAUGAUAUGGCAUGAUACUACAUGAUAUGGCAUGAUACUACAUGAUAUGGC